CUUUAUUGAAAAGUGAUUUGCUUUGUUACAUUUUAGCUUUGAAGAUGUCAGUUGAGCAAGUUUCAAUGCUUUUAUUGCAAUGGGAGGAAGAAAAUGCCUCUGGGAAUGUAACAGAAAUUCUUGAACGAUUGGCUUUGCUUUUUGAAAGAGAAACUGAGUCGUUCUUAAAAAAGGAUCCUGACCCUUUUGAUGAUCGUCAUCCUAGUCGUUUACAGCCUGACUGCACUUUAGGGCAUAUGUUAAAGACAAUUUUUCGCAAUGAACGAAUAGUUGAUGCGAUUGUAAAAGUGUACUGUGAAGAAGAUAAUUUGCCAUUGAAUACUGCUGCCUGUAGGUUGCUUUUAGAUAUACUGCCAGGAUUGGAAAGUGUGAUUUUUGAAGAGGAAGGUUUUGUUCCACGGCUUUUGCAUUUUGUUGAAAUUUCUCCUAAUCCAUUAAGAUCCUAUGCUACAGGCCUUGUAGCAGCAGCUAUGGAGUGUACAGAAAUUGCAUCAAAUUUUCGAGAAAGAAAUGUGUACUUUGUACCAUUGAUGCUGAAAAGACUUCAUGAGGUUAGUCAAAAGUAUUUGAAAACACCACCUCCUAAUUCUAAUGAUACACUUGUCAACUCAAAUAGGCCAUUUGCUGCAUUUAAAAAGCUUUCAGAGAAAAGAUGUGUGGAGGAUGAUAGUAAGUCAAGUUCAUACAAGUCACCUAAAAAGAAAAGGAAAAACAAUGAUACUCUUAGGAACCUCAGAUACAGCCCAAUUUUACCUGAAGUAAAAUCUGGCACCUCUGGCAUUGAUCUGCAGACAUCUCCUGAUGAGAGCUCAAAUUCCAAAUGGAAUGAAAUGAUGAUUGGAUCAUAUUCAGUGUUUCCUCUCACGCUUGCAACAGAACAACGUUAUAUACUCCAAUAUUUAACACCAAUGGGUGAAUACCAAGAACUCAUAGGACAUAUCUUUGAAUCAAAUGCUUUGUUGCUCAUACUCCGCUACAUUGAUAUAAGACAAAAUCCUGAUGUUCGACUUGCUUUUGAGGCUCUGAAGUACCUGGCAUCUCUGCUGGUGCACAAGAAAAUAGCUAUUGAAUUUCUCUCAAUUGGUGGGCUAAAAUAUCUUCUAAAAGUACCCUAUCCAUCCAUUGCUGCUACAGGAGUAUCUAUUUGUUUAUAUUAUUUUAGUUACACUGAAGAAGUUAUGGAGAAAAUAUGCAUGCUUUCAUCAUCAGAUAUAGCAGAAUUAGUUUCAUAUGCACUUUAUUUGCUGGAAGGUUCUCAUGACAGUUCAAGAUGUCAUGCGACUAUGUUUUUUGGCUUUGCAUUUGCUUUUAAGAUAAUUUUACAGCACUUCAAUGAACAAGAUGGUCUUCGUAAACUUUUCAAUGUUAUGUCAACACUUGAUAUAUUUGCAUCUCGAAAUACCAGAACAUUGAGUGAUGAUCAAGUGUUUGCCAACAGACAAACUACAAGGCAUGUCUGUGCUGCUUUAAAGCGUUAUUUUGAAGCUCAUUUGGCAUCAGAAAUUGAAAAUGUUUCCUCACCAUGUAACAGUGAUAAUCAGUCAACGCGCUUAAGCAAGCAUAAGGCAAUGAAUCUCAGUUACAAAAGCAUCGAGAAUUAUAUUGAACAUUGGCAUGAACUUUUAGGUCCCAUGGUGUCAUGGCGACCAGUUGAUGAAUUUUUGCAAUUUGAUGGUGUUUCUUUUCUAUUGGAAUUAACAUCUGAUUACUUUUCAACAAGCAGUUAUUCUGGACGUGCCGAGACAGUCAAAAAUGCUUUAGACGUUCUGAAAGUUUGUUCUCUUUCCAGUGCCACUCAACUAGCAUUUUGCGAAAAAGUUAACACUACUGAAUAUGUUGCUACUACUGGCAUAACUGUUCUUCUUGCUGCCGCUGAAGGGGAACUAUUACCUGUUGCAGAAAUACAAAAAUCUGCCCUGCAAACAAUUAUAAACUGUGUAUGCACAAAAAUUGAGAAUGAAACAGAGAGGCGUACCAAAAAGGUGGAAGAGCUUUUAUCUAAGUUGUGUGAAAAUGUUCGCAUUAAAAAUGGUAUAAUGACUUUGAUUAAUUUGCUCUCAACAAAAACACCUCUUACUGAUGCUGAUGCUAUUCGAGCAUUAGCAUGCAAGGCACUUUGUGGUUUAGCUAGAUCUACUCAUGUGAAGCAAAUUAUAAGUAAGCUGCGCAUAAUUACGGAUGGUGAACUUUUACAUUUAAUGAAAGAACCUGUUUUAUCAGACAAAAGUGAAGAUCAUCUGCAUUUUGUAAAAUACAGUCUUGAACUUAUUGAAAAAGUAACCGGUGCUCCAGUAUCAGUUGGAUCUGAAAGUUCUAUGCUUAAUAUCAACAAAUCAGAAAUAGUGGCUAAGACAAAAAUUGUUUACAAUGAAGCACAACUAAUGCAACUUAUAUGUGAACAUUUAAUUGCCAAAGGUUUUACUGAAACAGCUGCAGUUCUUCAAAAAGAAAUGAAGGAUAAGAAUAUUUUUUCUCAGCCGUCUUCAUUGUUUCUAACAUCCUUAGCUUGUAGAAAUAGUCCUAAAAGUAUGACAAAGAGGUCUACAAUGCCAUCAUCCCCUCAUACACCUAUAUCAUUUUCAUCUUCAAAUUCUGUGCCUACAAUACCACCACCAUCUGUUCCUCUAAGAAUAGUAGUUACGAAGAAAACCCCAGCACCUGAAUAUAAAUCACCAAUAUCUAGCAGGCUUCAGAAACCUAUUCAAGCAUGUUCAAGAAAUUUUUUUCAAACUCCAGCUAUGAAGCGUCAAAAUAUAAAUUUUUCUCAUGAAUCAGAGCCAGGAAUCAGUUUGCAUUCCAUAAUAACAGAGUAUCUAAGAAAACACCAUUCCUUGUGUAGGAACCCUAUGCUUGCCUGUCCUCCAUUUGAUUUGUUUACUCCUCAUAAGUGUCCAGAGCCUCAAAAUAGAAGAAAUGCACCUAUUAAUUGUGUAAAUAGAAUAUACAAAAAACAAAUUUACCAUAAACAUGGUGGCAUUGGUGGAUCUUCGCUCGAUCUGAAGUGUAUCUAUAAUAAAUUCCGGUUUGUUCGAGCCUAUAGAGAUGCUGAAGGCGACUGUGAUUUUUCCUGUUGUUCCUUCUUUAACUAUGAUAGUGAAAGACGACCAAGGAUUCUCGUUGGAACUGAUGGCCGUGCUCUUGGGGAACUUAAAGUUUUCAAUCUUAACAGUGGUGAUGAAGAAAUUUCUAAAAACAGCCAUUUCAGGGGGUUGUCACACAUAGAAUCAUCUAAUCUUGCCCCACUCAUUCUCACAUCAGAUGGAGGAAGGAUUGGAAACUCUUCGUUGUGGAAAUUGGAGGAAGACUUGGAAGUAGUGCGCCAAUUUAAUGAAAUUUCUCAUGUGGAAUUUGGCAAGAGAAGUCACCUAAAAAUAGUUGGUACAAAACAUGAUUCUGCUGUGAUUAUAGACACUAAUAGCGGUUCUGAAAUAAUCAAAUUUUUAACACGUGACUUGGGCAAUUCUUAUCCUUCAAAUAGAGCCACCUUUGAUUAUUCUGAUGAACUUGUUUUAACAGAUGGAAUAAUAUUUGAUUCACGAAAUGGUCUCCUUGUACACAAAUUGGACAAAUUUAAUAGCAUUAUGAAUGGUGUUUUUCAUCCUAAUGGUCGGGAAAUUAUAUCUAACACAGAAAUAUGGGACAUUCGAACUUUCAAACUAUUGAAAACAGUUGCUGGACUAGAAUAUUGCCGACCUACUUUUAAUCCUAAUGGAAAGAUUAUUUAUGGAGUAUUUUGCUAUAAAGAUGCACCAGAUGAGAGGACAAAUUGUUUUUACACGUUUGAUGCUUCAGAUUACAGCAGUAUUGCCACUGUUGAUGUUAAGCGGCCAGUUUUUGAGUUGUCAGCUGACUUUAAUGAACGUUAUGUAGCAACGAUCGAAUCACAGUCUGUGAUUGCGACUGAUCCCUUUAAUCCUCCUCUUCGAGGCUUGGAUUGUGUAUGUCGCCUUUAUGAAAUUGGCCGCUCUAAAGAAGAUGGUGAUGAGGAUAAUGAAGAAUCUGAUGAUACCGAGGAAGAAACAGAAGAUGAUGAAGAAGUGGAUGAAAUUGAGGGAGAUAAUGAAGCUUCUGGUCGUGAUGUAGAAGACAUUCUUUUUGAGCUUGAUAAUGAACAGGAGCUUGAUUCAGAUGGAUCAUCAUCAUCAUCAGAAACUCUUUUUUCAUUGAAUACUUCAAUGGAAGAUUGAUACAUGUGAUAUUAUAUUUUAUAUAUUUUAAAAUUUCUAUUUAUAAAGCUUUGACAUCAUAAGACUUUCAGUUUAAUGAAUAUAUAUUGUAAAACUUCUAUUUAUAAAACUUCGACUGUGUUUGAAUUUCAAUUUAAUGAAAUCAAUAAAUAUAUAUUUAAGAUAUUA